GCUUAAGCCCAAGCGCUCCCAAAACCCUAGAAAUAUCCAAAGGGAAAAAAAAUCCCAAUCGGUUCACAAAUUCGCACCGUUUUAUCCCUUCACACACUCUGCAAAUCUAGGGUUUCGAUUAGGAGGAACCCAUGGACUUCGACGCUUACGAGUACUUGGAGAAGACGGUGGAGGAGAACGACGACAGAGACUCGAAGAGGAAGAGCAAGAGCAAGGAGGGCACCGAGAGGAGCUACAGGAAGCGAGACGUGGAUGAGGACGAUCCCGCUCUGGCCGACGGCGACGACCGCAAGAGCAAGAGGUCCAGAGCCGACGACGAGAACGGCGGCGACAAGCGCGAUCGCGACCGCGACCGAGAGCGGUCCAGUCAUCGCGAUAAGGAUCGGCAUCACAGAGACCCGGAGAGAGAAAAGGAUCGCGAGCGAGAGCGUAGUAGUAGAGAUAAGGAUAAGGAGAGGGAGAGAGAGAGAAGGGAGAGAGAUAAGGAGAGGGAGAGAAGGGAGAAAGAGAAGGAGAAAGAGAGGGAGAGGGAGAGAGAAAGGGAGAAAAGGGAGAGAGACGAGAAGGAAAGGUCUCGGAGAAGCCAGAGCCGGUCGGACCGGGACCGAGAGAGGGACAGAGACUUAGAGAUGAGAGAGAGCAGGAGAUUCAAAGAUAAGAAAGAAGUAGUGGAGCCGGAAGCAGAUCCAGAAAGGGAUCAGAGAACUGUUUUUGCAUACCAGAUGCCUUUGAAAGCAACUGAGAGGGAUGUAUAUGAAUUCUUCUCAAGAGCGGGCAAGGUGAGGGAUGUCCGGCUGAUCAUGGACAGGAAUUCAAGACGGUCAAAAGGAGUUGGGUAUAUUGAGUUUUAUGAUGCAAUGUCUGUGCCAAUGGCAAUUGCUCUCUCUGGCCAACUUCUUCUUGGACAACCUGUUAUGGUUAAACCUUCUGAGGCUGAAAAGAACCUAGUUCAAUCUAAUGCUUCUACUGGGGGCUCAAGUGGUCUUGCAGGUCCAUAUGGAGCAGUUGAUAGAAAGCUGUACGUGGGCAACUUACACUUCAACAUGACUGAAACCCAACUUAGAGCGAUUUUUGAACCAUUUGGUCCUGUGGAGCUUGUGCAACUGCCUCUUGACCUCGAGACAGGACACUGCAAGGGUUUUGGGUUUGUUCAAUUUGCUAAACUUGAAGAUGCAAAGGCAGCUCAAUCUUUGAAUGGAAAAGUGGAAAUAGCUGGUCGAACUAUCAAGGUUUCAUCUGUUACAGAUCAUGUUGGAGCACAAGACACUGGAGCAAAAACUGCUGACUUUGAUGAUGAUGAUGGGGGUGGUUUGUCUUUGAAUGCUCAAUCAAGAGCACUGCUUAUGCAGAAGCUGGAUCGCUCCGGUAUUGCCACAAGUAUAGCGGGCUCUCUUGGAGUUCCUAUGCUUAAUGGGUCAGCUCCAAAUCCUCAAGCCAUUAGUUUGCCUGUCAAUGGGCAAGCUGCAGUUUCUGUGCCAGCUCUUCCAGUGCAAGCUAUUCCUACCCCAGCCACAGAACCUGUUGGAAGCCCCAGCGAGUGCUUACUAUUAAAGAAUAUGUUUGAUCCAGCAACAGAGAUGGAUCCAGAUUUUGAUAUGGACAUCAAAGAGGACGUGGAAGAAGAAUGUUCUAAAUAUGGCCGAGUGAGACAUGCACAUGUGGACAAAAAUAGUGCUGGUUUUGUGUAUUUGCGGUUUGAAACUGUGGAAGGGGCAAUGGCUGCCCAAAGUGCAAUGCAUCUGAGAUGGUUUGCCCGUAGGUUGAUUUCAGCCUUGUUCAUGCAACCCGAUGUAUAUGAAGCCAAGUUUAAUGGUGGAGCAUGAAGAAAUUCUGCACCGGUUCUUUUUGAUGUGUUAAAAGUUGGAAGAUAAACUACUUUAAGAUGAUACAUUUUUAUUCAAUACGCUAAAUGCAGCAGCAGCAGAUGUAUGGUAAGAGUCGUAUAUUUGUCCAGUGGGGUUAUCUGUAAUCUGAUUUACAACUCAGCAUUUCGUUGUAAUUUGAAGAAAUUUUAGAUGUCUUGCCAUUGUUUUUCA